AUGGUUAUGAAAGGCUAUCGCAAACCACUGACCACUCAAGACAUGUGGUCUCUGGAGGACGAGAACCAGACCUCUGUUUGUGUCGAAAGAUUCAACAAAUACUGGAAACCUAUUCAAUUAGGUGUGUCCAGUCUGGCCGGCAUAGCCUUUAUGGCAAUUAUGAUACCCAUAAACACCAUGAAUACCACUAAACAAGAUAGGCUUUGGACACAACUACUCGAAUGGAGGGACAAGAGGGUUAUGGCUAUCAAUGAGAUACUUAACAACAUUAAAGAAUCGAGUGAUAAAGUACUCAAAAAUGUUAAUUUAAAUAUUGAGAAAAACUCUUUGGUGGCAGUCGUGGGUCAGGUCGGGGCUGGGAAGUCAUCCCUACUGUCGGCAAUAUUGGGAGAUAUGGAGAAAAGUAGUGGUGAAGUAAAUAUUAGUGGAACUGUAGCGUAUGUCUCACAACAGGCAUGGAUUCAAAACACUACUCUAAGACAGAAUAUUCUGUUUGUUAAUGAAUAUAAUGAGAGAUUCUAUGAGAAAGUGUUGGAUUCGUGUGCUUUGAGACCCGAUUUGGAGAUCCUUUCGGCGAAAGAUAUGACAGAAAUCGGCGAAAAGGGAAUCAAUUUGUCGGGCGGACAGAGANGUUGGAUUCAAAUCGGCGAAAAGGGAAUCAAUUUGUCGGGCGGACAGAGACAGAGGGUUUCACUCGCGAGGGCUGUCUAUUCAGACGCAGACAUCUACUUAUUGGACGACCCCUUAAGUGCUGUUGACGCCCACGUCGGCAGACAUUUAUUUGAUGAGACAAUCGGUCCGAAAGGCAUUCUUCGGAAGAAAACUCGUGUUUUAGUGACACAUAAGGCAUCGGUUUUGCCAGAAGUCGACAAAAUAAUUGUCUUAAAAGAUGGACUGAUCUCUGAAUUCGGAUCAUUUGAUGAACUGAUGGCUAAAAGUAGAGAAUUCGCUGAAUUUAUAGCCGAAUAUGUGUUGAGACAGGAGUCAGAAGAGGUGGACAUUGAAGACAAGAAAGAGUUAGAAAUGUUAGCAAAACUGAGACAAAGAGUGAAACCAAUUAUCGAAAGACAAGAAUCGCGUAACUCAUUGGCCAGCGAUGGUCUAGUCCGACGACAUGGAAGUCAUAUCUCGACGACUACUGAUAGCGAUGACCAGAAAAUACCAGAAGCUGGGGAUCAAAUUGAAGACAUACAACAAAAUGAUGGAAAACUAAUAGAUGAGGAGAAACCAGAGACCGGUUCCAUCAAAACCCAUGUCUAUAAGAAAUACUUUCAUUGGGUUGGCGUCCGGUAUCUAAUUGUAAUAUUCUUGUCGUAUACCAUCGCAAAGACCGGAGCCGUAGCGUCGGGACUUUGGUUGAGUAAGUGGUCAGCCGAUGCACUCGACGCCCAACUGGCCCACGAUUAUAGACUACGUAUGAUAAGACUGGGACUGUUCGCUGGGUUUUGUUUAGUGGAAACGGUGUUCAUAUUAUCUGCCCAACUGUCCAUUAGUCUGGGAUGUGUCGGUGCGGCUAAACGGUUGCAUCGGAUUCUGAUUGAGCGUAUGAUGAGAGCACCCGUCGCUUACUUCGACACAACACCUAUUGGUCGUAAUCUGAGCCGAUUCUCGGAGGACAUGGAGCUCAUAGAUAGUGAACUACUGUUUGAUUUCCGUAUAAUGUCUAUACUUCCCAUAAUCAUAACGUAUGUCACGUGUCAACGAAUUUAUUCCGCGGGUUUACGGCAAAUACGACGACUCAUAUCGACGUCCAGUUCCCAUAUUAUCAGUCACUUUGGAGAGACAUUUAACGGCACGUCUACCAUUAGAGCCUAUGGAGCGAAACGGCAUUUCCUUAAAGAAUCGCACCGUCGUAUCGAUGGGAGUAAUGCCUGCGCCUAUCAAUUGGUUUGUUCCCGAGGAUGGCUCGCUAUAAGAUUAGAGCUCUUGGGCUAUAGUAUAGUGUUUUUGUCGGCUCUGUUCGCAGUUGUAUUUCGAGAGACAGUGAGUGCAGGUGUGGCCGCACUGGCCAUCAGUUAUGCCCUCAACAUAACCGCUCUUAUCGAGCGAUUCAUUUACGGUGUCACAGAAACAGAGACCGAUAUCCUGGCCGUCGAGAGGUGUCUGAAGUUCAUUGAAAUGCCUUCCGAGGCCGAGUGGUUCAACGAUCGGACAAAACCGCCGCCCGAUUGGCCACUAAUGGGAGGAAUAGUGUUCUCCAACUAUAGCACUAAAUAUAGACAGGAAUUGCAUUUAGUGCUCAAAAACAUCACAUUUGAUGUCAAACCGAGGGAAAGGCUGGCAAUAGUGGGCCGAACCGGUGCUGGAAAGUCAUCCCUGGCUUUGGGUCUCUUCCGACUCAUUGAAGCCACUGAUGGGACGGUUAGUAUCGAUGGCAUCGAC